AAGGCCUAAUCUACGCGCCAGAUUUGCAGCGGACAGGCAGGGCCCCCUGCUGCCCGCCGGCUGUGUAUGCAACAAGGCGGGCUUUAGUUGAGCGAGGCGGCGCGGACUCAGCCUGGGCCGAAGGAAGCGCAAGGCAAUGGCGCUCAGCCCCCCCGAGAGGCAGCCGGGCCCGCCCGAGCCCCCACACCCGACACCCCCGCACCAGGAAGGCGAUGCAGACGCCGAGGCUGACCUCGACCCCCAGCAACUAGCCGGCCUGGAGCCCGAGGCGGGCGAGGGGAUCCCACUACAUUCGCCUUGGACGUUCUGGCUGGACAAGUCUCUUCCUGGUACAACAGCAGCUGAAUGUGCAUCAAAUUUAAAGAAGAUCUACACGGUACAAACUGUACAGAUCUUCUGGAGUGUUUAUAAUAAUAUUCCUCCGGUGACAAACCUGCCUCUGCGAUGUAGUUAUCAUUUAAUGCGUGGAGAAAGACGACCGCUGUGGGAAGAAGAAAGCAAUGCCAAGGGAGGUGUGUGGAAAAUGAAGGUCCCCAAAGACAGUACGUCUGCAGUUUGGAAAGAGUUAUUGCUCGCGACCAUUGGGGAACAGUUUACAGACCGCUGUGCAGGAGGUGAUGAAGUGAUAGGAGUUAGCGUCAGUGUUCGUGAUCGGGAAGAUGUUGUUCAAGUUUGGAAUGUAAAUGCAUCAUUAGCAAAUGAAGCUACAGUUUUAGAAAAGAUCUAUGAACUUUUGCCCCACACAUCUUUUAAAGCAGUUUUUUAUAAACCUCACAAAGAACAUCAUGCUUUUGAAGGUGGUCGUGGGAGACAUUAACAGUACUGAACUCAAGUUGUAUUUUUUUAUUUUUGAGAUCAUCACAAUGGGAAGAUGGACAAAACACUUGCAAAAGCACCACAAACUCUGGUUAUUUUAGAUCUUUAUAUUCCUAUUUAGCCGGUGCUAUUCAGAAGCAAGAAAUAUUGCUGCCUCAGUUGCUGAUUGUGAUGUUUCUUUUCUUGACUUCUCAACACAAAUAGUCACUUUUCCUUUUAGUAUUCCUUUUCUUUUAAGAUAGAAGACUUUACAGUUAAGUAGUUUACUAUAUCUAGUUUAAAUGCAAAUAUGCACAGGCAUGAUAUGCUGCUCUUUCUAGACUUGCUGUACCUAGAGAAAUAAUAGCUUUGUGAACCAUGUUUUUUUAAUACUUGCUUUGAGACAUUCCUAUCAUGUUAAGAUCUACACAGAUUUGUCCCCAGCAAAACUGAAAUUUGCACUGUCCAAAUAUACAGUGGGAGAAAUCAAUAAUGGGAAUCCUGCUCAAGCUCCGUUGAAAUGAAUGGAGCUUGCACAGCACCUGGAUUGCUUCCAGUGUCUUCUGCUUAAGCACUGAUAAUGAGCAUACUGUCAAUAAUUAUCACUGAACAGAUCCUGUAAACUGAGAAUACACUUCUGUUGUAACUAAUUUUGGAUUCUAGCCAAUCCAAAUCCAGUAGAUACACGCCCAUUAAAACAUUGGGCUGGCUUACACUUGAUGGUGGCCCAAAUCCGUGACGAGAGCAUGAGCGGGCUUGAAGCUGGCAGUGCUCAGGUAGAAGCAUUGUUUGUGAUGAUGUAUCCAUGGUGAUUUCUGUGAUCAUAAUAGCACUUGAGCUGCUAAUUGUGGGAUGGCCAUCAGCUGCCAAGCUGCCAUCAAGUGUGGAGCAGUCAAUUGUUAAUUGGUAUUUGUUUUUAGCUAUUUUAAAAAUGAAUAGUCAUUAAGUAGGAAACCACAGGUCUUUAUUCCAGAGGUGGCUAAUGUAGCUUGAUUUCUUUUUAAAGCUUCCCCCCCAAAACAACCAUAAACCCCUCUACUUAAAAUAGGAACCUUCCCAAGUCCACUUUAGCACACUUUUUAUGAAAGAUCUUUCCUUCUCGCCAUUAUAACAGAUGUGUUCUUCACCCAUUAAGGUCGGUAUCAAAUGCAUAGUAAUUUUAUUGUAAACAUAACCAGUUCAACUGUAUCUAGUUGAAAGCUGUGAUGGCGCCUUAAGUACAUUUUUCAACACAGAGAGAAGUUGAUUACGCUUUGAAGCAUGAAUGUGAACAUUUUCAACAUUUUGUUUGUGUGUGGUUUCUUCCCCAUACUAAUUAUUGGAGGUUUUGUUAUAUUUUUUAUUACAGUACCAAAGAUUUAUUUAGUUCCUCACAAGAGGAUAGCAGUGAGCUAGAGGGAUGUGCGUUCUCUCCUAGACAGCGUUACUGGAUUAGCAUUUAGUAUCUUCGAAAGCGUUCUGACUGCACUGAUAUCAGCCCAUUUAAUCUUAUAGGAGGCAGCCGUUGGAAUUCAGUGUGUCUAUAAAUAAAUCAGUUUUUCCUUUAAUUUUUGUACUAGUUCAUCUGUAUUUAUGAAUUAAAAUUUGUGCAUUUUAACUAGCAUUAUUAAACGUUUUAUAAAUUCA